UAAAAAUGGAAACUCUUUGCCUUCGAGUUCCAACUUCCAAGCUGACGCGAAAAAUCCGGGUUUCAGCAAAGCUCUGUUUCGAAUGGCCGCAUUUAAUCUCUCUCCACUCCCUUCUUCUUCACUUCGCGUACUCUCAUCUCAUCAUCCCCGAAAUACCCCCACCCUGUCCUUCUAUUCACGCUUCACCCCUUCUCUCUCUUUCCCUUCCGUUUCUCUGAGACCUCUCACCUCCAAAAAACCGCGCUCUUGCAUCAUCUCUUCAGCUCUCAAGAACCUCUCGGAGGUGGAACCGGUUUCAUUCCCGGAAAAACCCGAGGAAUUCGUCGCCAAGUUUCCGUCGGAUGCCGGAGUCUACGCCGUUUUUGAUCAAAACGACGAUCUUCAAUUCAUCGGUAUCUCGCGUAACAUUGCUGGCAGCCUUUUUAAUCAUAAAAAAUCGGUGUCGGAGCUUUGCGGCUCCGUUAAGGUUGGCGUUGUCAAUGAACCUGAUAGAGCAGCUCUGACUCAAGCUUGGAAGUCAUGGAUGGAAGAACAUAUAAAAACCACUGGAAAGGUCCCACCAGGAAAUGAAUCAGGGAACACAACUUGGGCUCGACAGCCUCCGAAAACGAAGCCAGACCUCCGACUUACACCUGGUCGUCAUGUCCAACUGACAGUUCCGCUCGAGGAACUCAUUAAUAAGUUGGUGAAGGAGAACAGGGUAGUGGCCUUUAUUAAGGGGUCUAGAAGUGCCCCGAUGUGUGGAUUCUCACAGAGAGUGAUUGCCAUCCUUGAAAGCCAAGGAGUAGAUUAUGAGAGUGUUGAUGUGCUCGAUGAAGAGUAUAAUUAUGGGUUGAGGGAUACACUGAAGCAGUAUAGCAACUGGCCCACAUUCCCUCAGGUUUUCGUGAAUGGAGAAUUGGUUGGAGGGUGUGAUAUUCUGACCUCCAUGUAUGAAAAGGGGGAGCUUGCUGGUUUGUUCAAAAACUAGAUUCUCCUGUUAGCAGAGAUUGUAAGACUGCAUAUAGUCAUCCAAGUUGUAACGUUUCAUCACCAUUUUAACGAUAUGGGAACAAUCUCUGGAUCAUGAUCUAAUGCAAAUUCUCUACAGAAUCCAUUUCUGACUGUA